UUAUUUCAAAGGUAAAAGCCGAGCUCAAAAAUUCUACUCUGUCUAUCACCCUCUACGCAUACAAAAAUUUGCUGUAGCAAUCCGAAUUUUAUAUUAACGGAGCACUCGUCUUGCUCCAGAAAAGGUUUUCAAUUGUGCUAAAUAUAUGUUCUUUAAGCACCUCAAGAUUUAAUUUUGAGAUGCCAUUUUCUUAUUUCACUAGUUUAUUCAUUUUCCCUCCGUUAUUUUGUUUUCUUUUUGUAAAUUGAAUGCGUACAGUGUCUGAAUAAUUGUUGAAUUUUUCAUAUAUUGUGUUUUGUUCCUUUUGAAACAUGUAUUUGAAAGAGGGUUGUUCUUUACUGUUGAAAGUACACAAGCCCUCAAUCCCUUUUGUCCUCAACACCAACCCAAUAUUGAAGUCUAUUCCCCAAAAUGAUCAAAAUGAACAAAACCCAGUAAUUAUUGAAGAAUCUGAAGUCUUGAAGCGAUUAAAACACGAAAAUGAUAUUGGAUUAGCACUGGAAUAUUUUAAGUCCAUAGCCAACUUUAAAUCUUUCAAGCAUACCCCUUCAACUUACCAUAUGAUGAUAGAAAAACUUGGGCAUAAAGGGGAGAUGGAUGCUGUGCAGUACCUUUUGCAGCAAAUGAAGUUGGAGGGGAUUAGUGUUUCAGAAGAUAUAUUUACUAGUGUGAUAAGGUCUUAUCAACUAGUGAAAACGGCUGAACAAGCACUGAAAACGUUCUAUAGGAUACAAGAAUUCGGGUGUAAACCGACUGUUAGAAUUUAUAAUUUUUUGUUGGAUGCAUUGCUUAGUGAGAAUAGGUUUCUUAUGAUCAAUCCUGUUUAUGGAAACAUGAAGAAGGAUGGAUUGGAGCCGAAUGUGUAUACAUACAAUAUUCUUUUGAAGGCUUUGUGUAAGAAUAAUAGUUUGGAUGGCGCUCGUAAGUUGCUUGUGGAAAUGUCAAACAAGGGAUGUGAACCUGAUAAAGUGAGCUAUACAACUAUUAUAUCAUUUUUGUGUAAGCAUGGUGAGGUGAAAGAGGCAAGGGAUUUGGUUUUGAAGUUUAUACCAACCGUAUCUGUCUAUAAUGCAUUGAUAAAUGGAUAUUGUAAGGAUGUAAAGGUGAAGGAAACGUUUGGGUUGUUGGAUGAGAUGGUGGAAAAGAGAGUUUAUCCUAAUGUCAUCACGUACACUACCAUUCUGAAUGCUUUGACUGAUUCAGGUAACAUCCAGCACUCUCUUGCCAUUUUGGCCAAAAUGUUUGUGAGAGGAUGUAGUCCCAAUAUUCACACAUUCACUUCCUUGAUAAAGGGGCUUUGCUUGAAAGGAAGAUUGCUCGAAGCUCUCGAUGUGCGGGAUCGAAUGAUCAAAGAGGGAAUUUUCCCGAAUGAAGUCACGUAUAACACGUUAAUUCACGGCUUCUGCUUGGUUGGUAAUAUGGAUGAUGCAUUACUAAUGCUUAAUCAAAUGGAGAGAAAUGGCUGCAAUCCAAAUAUACGAACCUAUAGUAUCCUCAUUGAUGGCUUUGCAAAAUCAGGUAAUUUGGUUGGUGCAUCUGAAAUAUGGAACAAGAUGAUAUCUCUUGGUUGUCAACCAAACGUUGUCGUAUACACAUGCAUGGUAGAUGUAUUAUGUAGAAACUUCAUGUUCAACCAAGCGUAUGGUCUUGUUCAGAAUAUGGUGACACAAAAUUGUCCACCAAAUACAGUUACAUUUAAUACAUUUAUCAAAGGUCUAUGUGAUCAUGAUAGAGUGGACUGGGCUAUGGAGUUGUUUGAUGAAAUGGAAACAUACGGGUGUAUGCCCAAUGUUACCACUUAUAAUGAGUUGUUGAAUGGUCUGUACAAAGUUAACAAUGUUAAGCUUGCAUUUAAGCUUGUUCAGGACAUGGAAGAAAGAGGAGUCGAGUUUAACUUGGUGACUUACAAUACUAUUAUACAUGGUAUGUGUUCUGCCGGUAUGCUUGAGGAGACACUGAAGCUCGUUGGAAAGAUGACAGUCAGGGGUUUAAAGUUCGAUGCUUUGACAUUCAAUAUACUAAUCAAUGCUUACUCUAAGAUUGGUAAGGUAGAAUUUGCCAUUCAACUUCUGGAGUUGAUGAGGAAGGUUGGCUGGCAUCCAGAUAUAAUUGCAUACACUAGUCUAAUAAGUGGGGUUAGUGAACGAAUUGGACUAGAAGCAGCCAUUAUUCAUCUUUCUAAAAUGAUAGAUGAAGGAAUCUCCCCUGGCAUUUCCAUGUGGAACUUUUUAGUCCGGUAUUUGGUCAGCAAGAUUGGGUAUGGUGGAGCAGUGGAUUAUAUGAAUAGUAUAUUGGCUAGUAAAUCUGAAUCGACCAGUUGAAAUUCUGAACUACAGAUCUGGCCCAAGAAUCUGUGCUUGGCAAUAUUGUAGUCAAUGAGAUACCUGUACUGAUAUAUAUGAUGCAAAUUUGAAUAGGAUCUCGUCUGUGGACGUCAAAAAUGGAGCAUAAUCGCUCAGGACAGGGAAGCUGAGAUAUUCUGAGGAAGUUAAGGAUCAUUUGCCAAAAAGCUCCUGUCCAUUCUAUUCGUUGUUCCAGGCUAACUGCAUUCCAUUGUUUCUUGAUGCUCUUGUACGAUGUUGUAAAUCUCGAAGGAAAAAGGGUGAGAAAAACUCAUUAUUUGCUUCCUGUGGUUUUCUUGCGGAGUCCAGCACUGACAAACCGUGCCCAUGAUGAGAUCUUCACCGCCCCUGUCCGUCCUGAUAAUGAAUUAACAAUAUUUUAAGAUAACUCGAAGUUAGAGAGGUGCUCUUUUACAUUAGCAUGUUGAUGACUUUUGUUGUUAGAUUUGUCUAACGGCGAUUUUCUUUUUCUUUUCGAUUUUUCCAGUGGAGUUUUUAAAAUGAAGGGAAGAAUCUGCUUCCUGGGUAAAGACUUCUGUAAUGAUUGAAUUACUUUGAUUCCCGAAAUUGUUGAUUAAAUGAUGUAAAGGCAGUAUCCAACACCGAUUUUAUAUCGCAUUUUAUGGGAACAACAUCAAAGCAUUUUGAAAUU